AAGGUUAGUUGACCGGAGUAAGGCUGCACUGCCCCGCUAUUGGGGCUGAGCGGCUCUCGGAUUACGACUCUUGUCAGGCUCGUGUCUAGCUGAAUGAGAUCCUUAAUCUCCUGAAAGCCGGGCGCAGCGGUGCGUAUAUGCCUCAAGCUGCGACAUUUUGCUGCACCGUCCACCUCAUCCCAAACGCUAGUAGGAGCCUGCUGCUCGCUGUGAUCAAGGACCUCAACAUGUCCAUCGCUCCACUAUCUGCUGACUCCACGCCAUUGAUCCUAUUUCGAGUAGAGUACCGUGCAAACAGAAGCCUUAGAGGAGGCCAUCUAUAUGCACGAAGAACGGGUGAUACAGACGCGCCAACAUGGGAAGAUUUCGAUGACCACCUGUCAUGGGGACGGACACCAACCCGUUUUCUAUCCUUUUUCAGCAGUUGGGGACGGGCCAUAAAGCGACGACAAGAUUUGGAGGAUAAAAGAGAAAGAGAUAUUAUUGUAAUAGCCAUCUGGGCAAAAGAUAUGCCAGGCGUGUACAGUGCAGAGGAAGUUGCGUGUCGGCUUGAAUACUCUAACAUGAAUCCCGCUGCACAAAGAAGGUGGGACCACCAUGAUGAAUACCUUGUUGAAGGGGGUAUUCCGGCUGAUGAUUACCGAAUCCUUGCUGUGUUUGAGGGUGGCGGACCUCCGCGUAGGGUUGUGUUUGAAUGGCCUGGGUUGCAGGCAUCGACAACCAUUCCGACUGGGUUUUUCCCAGGACGGAGAUCGAACAACCCACUUCAGGAUAUCGCAGAUGAGAUUUACAGUCGCUCGGGGGCUCGCGAUGAUCUGAAGCGGGAUGAGCUUGUACAAGCAAUCUCUGGGAGGCUGCCAUUUUUGAACUUUGAAUAUCAGUAGUGAGCAAGCGUGAAUGCUUGAGGUUACUGUUGUUCGCGAGUUGAAAGAAAGGGACAAACCAAGGACUUUAUUUGAUCAAAACAGCCCAUUAUUUCAUCAAAUCGUAAAGCUCACUAUAUUGUCAAACUGAUUGUUCUCUCUGCUUCCAGAUACUGGACAUGGUCACACAGCUCUGUCUUAGAUAGUUGCCAUCGUUACUAUUGUAGGUGUAUCAUCUCCUCGAGGCUAUGCCCGAAUUUCAAAGUCGGCAGUGUGAGGCACACUCCUCAAAGACACUAGGUCGCGCAUCUAAGUUUGUAGAUACAACAUAGGUGUAGGUAAAAAGAGGCACAGCAGAGG